UAUGUCUAUGGUUGGUCGCUUGGUAGAAUUGUUCGCGCGUCAACGAGAGUAGUAUGGCGUUUUAUUGUAAGAGCAGCUGCUUGAGUUAUUUGAAAAUACGACUUUCUUCCGUUGUUUAACAAUCAACCGGUGGAGGAAAAAGAGAGAAAGCAUCACGCUGAUAUUAAGCUGUUUGUAAUUGUCAAAUUUGACGUUUUGCCAUUUCAAUCGUCUUCAUGAACAUGACGGAUCGAACUGAGCUGAGAAUGAAUGUGGCCGCUUUAAAACGAGUUGAUCCGUAUGUAAAGGAUAUUUUGGAGACGGCAACUCACGUCGCUCUAUAUACAUUUAACGCAGACGAAAAUGAAUGGGAAAAAACCGACAUCGAGGGCGCUCUGUUCUUAUACUCGAGAAACGGCGAGCCAUAUAACAGUAUUCUCAUAAUGAACAGAUUAAAUACAAACAAUCUAGUAGAACCAGUUGCUCCAGGUUUAGAUUUACAACUGCAGGAACCAUUUCUGUUAUAUAGAAAUUCCAGAUGUAACAUUUAUGGCAUUUGGUUUUAUGAAAAAGAAGAGUGUGUACGGAUUGCAAAUAUGUUGAAUAAACUUCUCAAGGAGUGUGAAGAGAAUCGUAGAAUCAGUAAUAAACCGCUACUUAAGGCUAAAAAAACUUCGGGACUUAACAUAAACAAUGUAGAUAUAUUCAGUAUGCUCAGUAAAGCACAAGAGGACUUUAAUACAAGCAGAGGUAGCGGUGGUGGAGGGAAUAGCCAUAAUAUAGUUACAGGAUCAAAAUCUCCAUUGGUUACACCCAUGACCGACAAUAUUUCUGGACCUUUGACUGCUCCCUUAGGUCCUGAUGUCACUUCGCAAAGUGUAAUGGAUUUUUUUGCUAAAGCUAAGGUAAAUACUGGACAUUUCAAAGCAGGCGACCAACCUACUCCAGGAAGUACGGUUGUGGUCGAAAGUAAACCUUUACUUGCACGUUUAAUGUCACAUCCAGCAGCGCACACUUUAGAACAUAUUGAGAAACAGCAGAGAUCUGUAACACCGCAACCAUCGCAUCAGGCCCAACCGGUAACAAUUCCAUCCACGAACAAGUCUAAAAGACGAAACAAAGCGACUCUGCAACAAGAAUUGAUAAUAUCUACGACAGCGCCAAUUUCUCAGGAUGUGCCACUACCUAUUACUCAGAACGUGAUCAACAAUGAUUCAAAUGGAUCAACUGGAUUUCUAAGGAUACAAUCACCAACCAAUGUAACAUCUUCUACCUUAAGGAAUCAUCAAACUUCAAGCAUUACCAAUACCAACAAUGCUAAUCCACUUGCACCAUUACUUGCUCUUGCUUCUGGAAGCACAUCAUCGGACGAUAUUAUCCCGCCUACGUUGUCGGGAAGAGGAUCGGCACCGGCAUUAAUACCACCUGUAAUGUUUGCCGCUCCCAGCCCACCUGAGUCCUUAAACAGACCGUUAGAACCAUUAACGAGGAAUCAGCUUUUACAAGCGUUCAGUUAUUUGUUGAAAAGCGAUCCGGAUUUUAUUAACAAACUUCACGAGGCCUACGUCAAAUCAUUUGGAGAGAUACUUUCUUAAACUCGUCACUCUACAUUGUAUUGAUUAUGAAAAAUCCAACUUAUGGGUUAUAACUGAUAAAAGAAUUAAGCUAAAUCUCAAUAUUCUUUCAUUACGUGCAUGUACAUACAUAAACGAGAUGUAAUGCUCGAUAUUUAAUUGAGAAGAUAAAGAACCAUUUCUUUGAAGAAAAAGAAAAAAUUCUUUUUUGGCCGAAGAUUAGAAAACAUACGAGAAUAGAAAGCGAUACGAUAUAAUACCCUGAACAGUAUUUUUAUAAAGCAAUGCAUUUUCUUUCGGAUAAAGUAAAGAGGACGAACGAGCAGUGAAUGAAGGAACUUGAUAACCAGAAUAGUAUGAAUGAGAAAUUUGUAGACAUAUUGAAUGGUAUACAAGGGAAUUGAAAUGGUUUUUAAACUGUGAUGCCAAAACACUUAUAUUAUACACGUUUUAUGAUUGAAAUUUCAAUACAGCACGAAAUCGUUUUUUGAGCUGGCCAAGCUGAAUACAUAUUUUAUAAAGUAAUGACGUAUCCUUCCUAUAUACCGGGUAUGUGUAUGUUAUUGAUGAAAAGGAACAAAUAAAUACAGACAAGAUACAAUGAAAAGAGACUUAAC